CAGCUGUUUAAUGCUUCCUGUACGUUCAGCAUCUUCCGCACUACGCGAAGAUGUACCUACAGUCUCCUGAGGUUGCCCAUGAAAGAUGACACCGAAGCGCUAAGACCCUGGGAUAUUAUUUUAAUUCGCUUAGAGGAACAGACCAAUUUGCAUGAGCUCGGUCGACGAAGGCAAAACAGGAGGUGACUGUGUCUGACACCAGCGGAUGGGAUCGCUGCUAACUCUUCUCUGACAGCAAGUGGCAGACCGGAGGAAGACCACUGUCGUGAUGGGAGCGUUUCAUUCUGUGCCAGAAGACCAUGAGUAUCAUCUUUUGGCUAAGAAGACAGGAUUUUCUCUGGAACAGAUUGUAAUUCUUCACAAUCGUUUCAAUCAGCUGAGCCACAACAGUGAUGUGCUACGGAGGGAAGACUUAAGAAAAAUUCCAGACCUUGCUUGCAAUCCUAUUCAAUCACAGAUUGUAGAGGCUUUCUUUGAUGAAAGAAAUUUCAAGAAAGGGGGAGAAGGCUCAGUGCAAGAGAUUGGAUUCGAGGAAUUUCUCACAGUCAUGUCCUACUUCAGACCUCCAGAAACGCACCUGACAGCAGAGCAGAAAGAAGAGAUCAGGAGGACCAAGAUGCGUUUCUUGUUUAACAUGCAUGACACUGACAAUGAUGGAACUAUAACGCUGGAGGAAUACAGACAUGUGGUGGAAGAGUUGCUGUCCCGCAGUGGCUCUCUGGGGAAGGAGACAGCCAAGAGCAUUGCAGACGCUGCAAUGCUGGAAGUGGCCAGCAUCUCCAUGGGACGCAUGGGUCCAGAUGAGUUUUAUGCAGGGAUUACAUUUGACCAUUUUUUGAAGAUUCUGAAAGAGUUAGAAAUUGAGACCAGAAUGAACAUUCAUUUUCUAAACAUGGACACAACGUUUUUCUGCAAGUAAUGCCUGUCGGCAGAGACACAUCGGUUAUUCUGCAAAAAAUGCCUGCCAUUCAUCACCAAGAAAGAUGUCACUGCGUCACAGACAACAGCUGAACUAAAGUUUAGUUUGAAGGUAGAUGAUUAUGUGCUUUGUCUGCAGCAUUAAAUAGGCUAAAUGCAGUGACUGCUGGGUCUUGUGUUCACAGUCUUGUAGGUUUGGCAUGUUUAAGUCUAUGGUCUGUUAUGGCUCACUAUCUAUAGUUAUUUAGAUUGUAUUUGCACACCUGUGCACACAACAUCCUGCACUCAGAGCUCACUGGAGAACCAGUGUAUACUAGUAAAUUUUCUGAUACGGUUUAUUCUCUUUAUUCUGUGCAAUACCUCUAUGACUGUAUGAACUUAAUGCCUUUAAUAGUUCUAUUUACAUUAAAGUUUGUCUAAAAAGCAAAAAUGUACAAUGUACAGGGCACGUUUCAGCUAUACAAGAGCAAUAAAUAAAUGUCAUA